GCUAGCUCUGAAGAGGAUUGUCGAUUCACGUGAAAAAAAGCAUCCCAAAACCAGCAUAGCAGAAGAACAAGAGCCAAAAUCACACCAGAACGAAGAGAAGAACAACACAGAAGAAGAAACCCUAGUUUUCGUAGCAGAGAAGAGAGACAAGCUCGGAAUAUUUUGCAUCAGAAGGACGUUUUUCGUCGCACAUGUCUGAAAACACUGAAAGGAUUACAAACUUGACUUUUGUGCCUUGGAUUAUUAUUACAGAAAGAGGAAGUCAAGGAGUAGGCGGGAUGGAUCCGAAUCUGUAGCAGAAACCUUAGCUAAGUGGAAAGAAUACAAUAAGAGACUUGAUCCUUUGGCUGACAGUCCAAAGCCAGUGUGUAAAGUUCAGGCCAAGGGAUCUAGAAAAGGAUGUAUGAAGGGUAAAGGAGGUCCAGAGAACACGUAUUGUAAUUACAGAGGUGUUAGGCAGAGGACAUGGGGUAAAUGGGUUGCCGAAAUUCGGCAGCCAGACAGGGGUCGGAGGCUAUGGUUAGGUACCUUCCCCACUGCCCUUGAAGCUGCUCUUGUCUAUGAUGAAGCAGCAAAAAUAAUGUAUGGUCCACGCGCGCACCUCAACUUUCCAAAUGGUGGCUUCUCGAGUGAAUCUUCCAAGGAAUCUGCAUCCCUGCCAAGUACAUCAGUUUCCAACUCCACAACAACUUCGAGCCACUCUGAUGAUUUGAAGGUGAAACUCAAUGCUCUUAAGGUCAAGCAUGAGGAUGGUGAAAGUGAAUCACAAAUUGAUUGCAACAGGCCUUUUACAGACUAUGAAGUUGGUACCUCAAUGAGUGUGGUGAAGGAGGAAGUAAAGGAGAAGCCAGUGAAUUACAGAGGGAAGGAAGAGCCAACGGAUUUUAAUGGGAAAACAGACUAUGAAGUUAGAACCCCAAUGAGUGUGGCGAAGGAGGAAGCAAAGGAGGAGCCUGUGAAUUUUAAUGGGAAGGAAGAUCCAGCGGAUUUUAAUGGGAAAUCUGAAUACAGACUCAGUUAUUUGCUAAAUUUCUCUGAGGAUGAGAUGUUUGAUGUGGGUGACCUAAUGGGUAUUCUAGACUCUGAUUAUGAAUCAGAGCCUGUGCAUGAUUCUGGCAAUGUUGGAUGUGCUAACUACAGUAAUUUGCAAGAUGAAAAGCCCUCAGAUUUAUCACAUCAGUUGCAGAAUCCAGAUGCAAAGUUGCUCGGUAGUUUGCAGCAUAUGGAGCAGGCACCUGCAGGAGUGGAUUAUGGUUUUGAUUUCUCAAGGUCAGACGGAGGCGAGGAGAACUACAAUUUUGCCUCGAAUGAUUUGGGUUUUUCUGAUUUGGAUUUUAAUUUGGAUCUUUAAGGAUUGUGCUGGUUAUGCAAAUCUGCAACCUGAAAGAUGAUAAUGCAACCAUACAUCCAUCCAGGCAGUGUUUAUCGGGGUCUUGAAUUGGAACUGUUUUUCUUUUUUCUUUUUUUUUCUUUUUCUCUCAAGUGCAUGUUUGAUGGUCCUUGAAUAUUUUGUUUUUGGUACUGACUCCUCUCUCUAUUCUGGGAGCUAACAAGAAUGAUGGGCUGAUUCACUAUAGUUUAUUAGAUUGGAGAAUUAAGUUGUUAUAUUUACCAACCCACCUUAGUGGGAUUGGUUGGUGAUAACAAUGAGUGGCAUUAGUUUUGAAUAGGAAUGCUCAUUCUUUUAUGUAAAUAUGAGAAGUGAAAAUUGAAUUGUUUUGAUUAGGAAUGUUUCAUUCUUUUAUGUAAAUUUGAAGGGUUCAGUUGCAAGCCUUUGUAUAUAAUUCAAGUCUUGUUUGAGUCCAUGUACUCUUUUCAUUUUCAAGUCUUUCUAUACACUGUUCUGUAA